AAAUCUGAGAGACUCGUAGAGGUUCUACGCCCCGUAGCAUCGUAGACAACCUGAAAAGUUUUUUUGCGUAACGUAAUUCAAAAGUUUGGAUUUUGUUCUUAGAAUUUUAUUUUGAGUUUGCUAGUUGAAUUUAAACUUUAGAAUGUAGUGAACAAGAUCCAAACAUGGCAUGUUUGCAUGAUUUCGACUUGAUGGAUUUUAUAAAAGAAGGGACACCGGCACAUUCGCUUUCAUCAGCCCCCCAAGUUCGAUGUACCUGCUGAAUAAAAGGUAAAAAGUCAAUUUUGCAGUGAGGAAGGGCUCCGGAGCGUAAUAUGUAAAUGGGGAAGGGCGGUGCAGUCGAACAGCGACGGUACACCGUGCCGUACGUCCGCAGUAGAGCGGCGUGCACACACAGUGCACACACGGUACGUUCUGACGAUCGCUCGCGGCGCUACUUGCACGCGAACUUUGUGCGGAUUCACGAAUUGUUAAUAAUCAUAUGUGCUUGCUGGCGGGGACUGACGAACUAACUCUACAAUGUAUCCCGCCUCUACAUGCUUCGAGAUCUUACCUGAAGCUCAACUAAGAAAAAUGGGUAGCAGCGAAGGUCAACAAACUUUUUGCCUGAAAUGGAAUCAUCACAAAACAAAUUUAGUAGAAAUCCUCGAGGCAUUGAUUAAAGUAGAGACGUACGUUGAUUGUACGUUAGUGGUUGACGAACAAGUCACUUUUAAGGCUCAUAGAGUCGUGUUGGCUGCAAAUUCUCCAUACUUUCAAUCCAUAUUGGCAGAUGUUCCAAUGGAUCAUUGUAGUAUUUUAUUCCCUGGUGUAAAAGACUUCGAAAUGCGUGCUCUCCUGGAAUAUAUGUAUACAGGAGAAGUAAACGUAACACAAGCGCAAAUACCUCGUAUCAUGAAGGUUGCAGAGCAACUGGAAGUAAAAGGACUUUUUGAUAUGACAGAGCUACGUCGACGUCCUGGAGCUAAUGAGCGCACUCCAGCUUCUUCUCCUCCACGUGUGGUACCUGCGGCGCCAUCUAGUGUAUCGCCACCCGUACCCGCAGCGGCUUCUCGCUGGCCUCCUAUGCCAACUGUUCCUGCACUAUCAGCUGCUUAUGAAUCUGUUGACAUGAAUCCUUUGAAACGUAAAAAGCUUUCAAGUAUGUUGGCUACACGUGACACUCCUAUAUUAAGAAAUGUCCUUGCUCAAACAGCUUCAGUGGACUCGUCUCAACCUAUAUCUCUAGUUUGUCAUCCAGUUAACCAACAUGUACCACCACGUCUACACUCCAAUGGAUCAGCCCAUGAAUCUGACCGAGCUCCUAGUCCUCAACGCGCCUUUGAUUACCGACCUCGUAGAUUAUCAUCAAGAGCGUCUUCUCCUCAUUAUAAUAGAUCAGAUCGCUCAGAAGAUGCCCAUUCUCCAUACACAGAGCGUUCAUUUGAAGAAGAAAACAAUCGGAAUUUUCAUCCCUCCUCACCGCCAUCCAAUUUCCAACAAGAUGUACGAACAGGAUUAGCUCCUUAUGUUCCACCGCAACAAAAACCAGAAUGGAAACGGUAUAAACAAUACACUAGGUCAGAUAUCAUGUCAGCUAUCGAAUGCGUAAGAAAUGGAAUGAGUGCUCUACAAGCAUCACGUAAAUAUGGCGUUCCCUCACGUACAUUAUAUGAUAAAGUAAAGAAACUUGGUAUCACAACAAGCCGCCCUAUGAGUCGCGGUGUAAAGAGAGAAACGAAUGGUGCUGCAUUUCCUUAUGGACUUAGUGGCACUGGUGGUGGAGACGAUGGAGCUCCAACUGCACCUCUUAUCGAUCCAUCUUUCUUGCAACAAGCAUUAGAAGGCGCUACGCGAGAUGGUGGUCGGGAAGCUUUGCACGCCAUGGCAUUAGCUGCUGCCGCCCACGCAGCAUUAACUCCGAGAACGCCACCUCGAUCAGCACCACAAUCGCCACGGUCUCCGCCUCUUGAUGAUGACCACGUCGAAGAUCUCUCAGUAUCGCGUCGUCGAGAUGUCGAUACUCCUUCUGGAGUCAUUGUUCCACCUCGUAAUUUUGCAUUAGAUUGCAGUAGUGAAAGAGAUUGAACAACAAUAGAAAAUUGAAAAUAAUUAUUCAAAAAGACUGACUUAGGCGUACAAAGUUAGGAAUAAGACAUUUAUUAGGCUACUGGUAGGACGCGCCGCGCGCGCACGCCACGCUGACCUGGCGUUUCGGCCGGGCGAUUGCAAUGGGCCCCGCGGCCACUUUUAUUCUACCCCUAUUCUUUUCUAUUUAUUUUCCUUGCACCAUUGAAACCUGAUAACGAAAUAAAAUUUCCGUUUGACGGUAAAAACGUGCCCCUUUGUGAUUUUAUUUUUGUUUAUUCUCUUCUUUAUUUUUUUUUUUUGUUUUAUAACAUUUAUGUCUUUGUUAAUGAAAUAGCAAAAUAGGUUAGCUUUAAUUAGAAUGUAAUGUUGUGUUAGUUGGAGCGGUAACUUUAUAGGGCCGAAGGGCAGGAAGGUAGCGCCGGCCACGCCGCCGCGCCUCGACCGGGUCCGCCUAGACGAGUUAUUGUGCAAUUUGUUGUCCGCGACUGUGAUGUUUAUAGACUGAAACGCCGCUACUACCUCACGCUCGCUACAAUUUAACUCUAGUCCUACGCGUCGCAUUAUGCCAUAACUUGAAACAGUCUACAGCAGGUGUAUCUGAAUAUAGCAAGGAUUGUGUGACGCGUGACGCUCAUGUCCAUAUGAUGCGAAUAGCGACGUACUCUAUUACGAGUAUGUUAUAUAACAUUUUAAUUCCUAAUAUUACGGGUUAAAUUAUAAAUUUGUAAACAAAUGCCAUAAACAAUUUUUAUGUUACACCUAGUUGUGCUCACUAUGUCAUCAGUAAAUAGUUAUAUAUCUACUACAAUUAUUUAGCACAUGCACUGUCGUUCUAAUUAGAAUAAGUGAGAUGAAUUGUAUCACUUAGUAAAAUGCUCAAUGUCUUUUCGUAAGUUUAUGGUAAACAAAACUAGUUCGUCGCCAUUCGCCGUUAUACUUAUUACAAUUGAACUAAGUUAGUUUCUUAUAAGUACAAGUACUUUACAUUUCUUUCUAAUAAGAAACAUUAUAUAUUUUUAUUGUUAUAAAGCUUUGUAACUAUAUAGAAUAGUAAUACUAUGUAAGUUAAAAAAGUAGCACAGAUUUUUCGUGGUCGGUCUAAAAUAACAAUAAUAUAUUACCUUCCACAUUAUAUUUUAAAUACUGUUGUAUCCAUGUACUAAUUUGAUAUCUACAUACGUUAACUUCUAAUAAAAUAUAAUGUUAAUUUUAUAAUACUGUUUAAGUUAAACACGUCAUUACUUAUUAUUUUGUAAUUGAUUGGAAGACUGAUUUGUUACUUUAGUCUAGUUUGAAAAUGCCAUAGAUCGAGUAGGUAUUUACAUCUAAGCUUAUGUCUAUUUUAGCAUUGCAUAACGUACCUACAUAAAAGUAAAGUUAGGUUGAAUCACAUAUCUAUUGAGUGUGUAGAAGCUACACUUUUGAGGUCUCACUGUGUUGUGCCUUUGUUUGUUUUAGUAAAUAUUAAUGUUAGGACAUUCCAGUAGUGCACUUUCGUGCUAAUGUGUUUCGGAUGAGUUUCAGAUAUUUGUAUUAUGGACUCUAAGAGAAAUUGUGAGAAAAAUAUUCGCACAUAUUGUUUUUAGUGCCUAUCCUAAAGUGUACCUCACGAUUUCGUUAAAGCAAUGUUAUGUGAUUAUUAUAUACUACACUUUUGUGCCUAUAAAUAUAUUAUUAAUUAUACUGUUGUGCACUAUAAUUCAUCAUUUUAGUUAUGAAUGCAAAAUAUUGUAUGUACUUUACGUAGUUGAUUAAUGUAUGGACACACCUGAGUUAUUUUAAAUCGAGUAUGUUUAUCUCGUACCUACAUAUUAUAAGAACUCUAUAUUUACAAAUAAUAUAAUGUUAUAAA